ACAUCCACAACUAACUUGAUAAAUGACUUCAUAUAAUUUUUAACUAAAAUAGCUUCCAAAAGCUACUACACAAAUAAAUGGAUAAAUUAAUAAUUAUUUACCAGCUACCGCAUAUUCCUUAUUUUAAAUUUUUAAAGAUUAAAUAAUAUAAUAAAACAUAAAAGAAAUUUCUAAAAAUAAAGGAAUUAAAUUCAAUAUUAUAUUUUCUAUAUAACCUGAUGUACUUUUUAAUGUUAUAAUACAUGUUUCUCCAAUAUUUUAAUAAUCUUAAAAAAGUAAAGGAAUUACCGAAAUAAUAAACGGAACACAAUAUGCAUAUUUUAAAGACUAUUUUUUUACCAUUUUUUUCGUAUAUUUUAUUGUUUCCUUAUUUCCAGGAUUCUAAACAUUUACAUAGACUGAAUAGGCUAUUAUACAGCCCCAUGAAAGGGAAGAUAGACUUCCAAAGGAAGUCAAAAAUGCUGUUAAAUUACAUAUGAAUGUAUUUUGCAAAUUUAUAAAGUUAUUAUUACUUAUUAAUCCUAAAGUAAAUAAAAUAUCACUUAUACAUAAACUAGUAAUCAUUUUAGUAGAAAAAUUCUAUGCGCUUGCAUUAAAGAAAUAAGUCAAUAUUAUUACUAAUGAAAAUAAUAUACUUGUCAAUCCUAAAAUUAAUAUU